AUGUCAGAGCUCCUUCCUGCAUCUCCCUCCCUGCACAAACUUCCAGCUGAGCUCCUGUCACGCAUUGCAAUCCUUGCCCAGCAUACCUGGUUGGACGAGAAGUGCGCCCGGCGUGCCGCCAGCCUUGCCAAACCGCGGCUCCUGCCCUUGACCAUCGAUCAGGAUGAUUGCUGCGGCGUCACCGCAGGUACUGUGGCGCAUUGUCUUCGUGACGAACCGCUUGCUCCCAUUGGCCCUGCCCAUGCGCUCAUGGACACGUGCUCGCGAACGCAUCGCGUCCUGGGCGGCGACAAGGCGGUGUGGCGAAUUGCAGGCAAUGCGUUGCUACGCCUUGUCGCGGAGCUUGCCGGAGACGUUUCGCCGCCGCCGCCACCUCUGAUGGCUGCGGGCGCCCAAUUUUGCUAUGGGACCGACGUCCUUAUCGCUGAGAACGUCUGUUCUUGUCUUACCGCCGGCCUCGAGAAGUUUUUUUCGACUAUCAGGGUUGCAGUUAUCUCCCUUCCAUGGGCCGACACUCUGGACCCAGGCCCUGGCAAGCAUUCAGUUGCUCAUUUCUUCCGCCGGUAUCACAGUCCGGAGAGCAGUCCCCUUGAGCACCUUGACUUAGAACUUCACGAAGACGUGUACACCUCUCUGAGCUUCUUGACCGUGGUCAAGAGCCCAGUCUUGCAUACAUACCGCGGAUCCAACGUGGAUUAUCUCUUUUACAGUUCUCGUCUUGAAGUCCUCAACGUCACCUUUCCCUUCCUGAAUGAGCACUGCUUCGGUCCUAGCCUUCUCAACGCUCUCACUCUCUGCACGAAUCUACGAUUCCUCAACUUCGACGGGGGAUCCUGUCGCAUGAUCGAAUCAUUUAUGGGCAACACGUUCGAGGACGAGGCUCCUGGGCUUGUGCGUCUUCCAGCGCUACGUUAUCUGCGUCUUCUUCUCCCUCCCGAGACGGCCAGUGAACUUUUGUCAAGGUUGGAACUCCCCGCCGAAAUUGACAUCCACCUUGAGCCGGUCAUGCUUUGGAGAGCAGCCGGCUCUUCGCUCAACCCUUCCCCACAUGCCACGCCUGUUACAGGCGAACACACGAUGGUAGAUGAUUGUCUGUGGCGAUAUGCAGCCGCCCUUGUGGCCCCUGCUCAAACGCGGGCCGCAUUCCUCGAACCGUCAGAUUUCUUCAUGCCCGGCGCUGGGCAUGAGAGCGACGCCCUGGUCUUUCCGAAGGAGAUGGCGAUGAAUAUCCUCCUCCCGAGUUCGAUAUCGUUCCUGUUCGCGAGCAGCGGCGAUGAGCUCGCAGAGAUGCUUGCAGAAUCCAGUCCGGUGUCGCGACUGACUCAACCCGCGAUAGGAAGACCGCCCCGUCGAUCGUUGUCAGUCCGUUGCCCUGCUCCUGCUGCUGCGGAGGGCAACUUAACCGGGAGCCAUGGGCUGUCCCCAUUGUGCUUGUCAGCUAUACGACAAAUGGCCAGCAUCCUGAUUCAUGGGCAGAUCAACCAGCCAUAUUCUGGCCUGCCAUCGAUCCGCUCAUUGACACUAAGCGAUCUGUCGCGGUUGCCGGAGAGCGCUGAAGAUUGGGAACCUGUUCUAAGCGCCUUCGCUCAUAUCUCAAGGCUGGUUAUCAGGACCGCGACCCCAACGCAUAUCUGCUCCCUAGCGCAACAUUUGGCGAUGUGCCUCCAAGGGGUGUAUCCCCUGCCUGCUGUCGAAACUGUAGCCUUCACGCUGCAAGCGCCCUCGGACGAAACGCCGGCCGCUCUGCUCCCACAACUGUCAACCCGCGCAAAUACCCCAGCUCGAUUGGCGUCCGGCGCUAGGCCCAUUCAAUGGACGUCGCAGACGCGAAUGUCAUGA